AUGGUGGCGCUCAUCACGCACAACGGGGCAACCUCCAAGGCAUCCGCAGCGACCAAUGGAUUGAAGCAGGGCUGCGUCAACGUGCCAACCCUCUUCAGUCUCAUGUUCUAUGCCAUUCUGAUGGACAACUACUGCGAUGAGUGCCCCGGGAUACGCAUCGCCUACAGAAUUGACGGGCAUCUUCUCAGCAGCAAGCGCAUGCAGGGCCGAGCGCGGCUAUCUACGACUAAGGUCCACGAUCUGCUCUUCGUCGACGACUGCGCGCUCAAUACCAAGACGGAAGUGGACGUCUAA